GAUAUGAUAUUAACAAGUCUAGCCGAGCCAUACUAAACUAUACCUAGAUAGUCCCUUACCGUUCGAGGCCGGACCGCCCAUUUCACCACCUAUGUAACCAACCAGCCAGGCAACCGCCUCUUCGCCACCACCCCAAGCACACGCAAACGGCGAGCGAGCCGCAGGCGCGCCACAUCAGCGCGGGUUCCACAAAAUCCGAAACCGACCACAACCAGCUCCUCCGCCCCAUGGGCCCACACCUUGCUCGUCCCCACACAUCAUCCACCUGUCCGCCAGGCUCCUUUAUGUACCCACCGUUCCCGCUCCGGAGCGGAAGCCGAGACAGACUCUGCAGCCGCGCCACGCGACUCCGAUUCCGACUCGCCGGGAAAGAAACCCCGCUCCGGCGAGCGCGUAUAUACAAGCUCGGCCUCUCUUCACCGUCCUUUUCGCCCUCCUCCUCCUCGCCGUCGUCUCGUUGCGCAGCAACCGAAUCGCUUCUCUCCUCGUCGCGCGGGCAGGGGGACUGUACCCAGGCGCCAAGACGGCGGCGGCAGCGUACGAGAUGGAGGCGGCGGGGGGCGGGGCCGUCGCGGCCGCGAUGCGGAAGGCGUCGUCGCACGCGUCUUUGGCGGACCCGGACGACUUCGACCUGACGCGGCUGCUCAACCACCGGCCGCGGAUCAACGUGGACAGGCAGCGGUCAUUCGACGACCGCUCGCUCAGCGAGUUCUCGCUCUCCGGGACGGGCCGCGGGGGGUGGGGAGGAGGAGGGAUGGACAGCUACGAGAGCAUGUACUCCCCCGGCGGCGGGCUCCGGUCCUUCUGCGGUACGCCAGCCUCGUCCACGCGACUCUCGUUCGAGCCCCACCCGCUCGUCGGCGAGGCCUGGGACGCGCUGCGCCGAUCCCUCGUGUCCUUCCGCGGCCAACCCAUUGGCACCAUCGCCGCCGUCGACCACUCCUCCAGCGAAGUCCUCAACUACGACCAGGUGUUUGUGAGGGACUUCGUGCCGAGCGCGCUGGCCUUCCUGAUGAACGGGGAGCCGGACAUCGUGAGGAACUUCCUGGUGAAGACGCUGCUGCUGCAGGGGUGGGAGAAGAGGAUCGACCGGUUCAAGCUCGGCGAGGGCGCCAUGCCGGCGAGCUUCAAGGUGCUCAAGGACCCCAAGCGUGGCGUCGACACCCUCGUGGCGGACUUUGGGGAGAGCGCCAUUGGCCGCGUCGCUCCGGUGGACUCCGGGUUCUGGUGGAUCAUCCUACUGAGGGCCUACACCAAGUCGACCGGCGACAUGACGCUGGCCGAGACGCCCAUGUGCCAGAAGGGGAUCCGGCUCAUCAUGAACCAGUGCCUCGCCGAGGGCUUCGACACCUUCCCCACCCUGCUCUGCGCCGACGGCUGCUGCAUGAUCGAUCGCAGGAUGGGUGUGUACGGGUGCCCGAUCGAGAUCCAGGCCCUGUUCUUCAUGGCGCUGCGGUGCGCGCUGCUGAUGCUCAAGCCGGACGCGGAGGGGAAGGAGAUCAUGGAGCGGAUCGUGACGCGGCUGACGGCGCUGAGCUACCACAUGCGGAGCUACUUCUGGCUGGACCUCCAGAAGCUCAACGACAUCUACCGGUUCAAGACGGAGGAGUACUCCCACACGGCCGUGAACAAGUUCAACGUCAACCCGGAGUCCAUCCCGGACUGGCUCUUCGACUUCAUGCCCAGCCACGGCGGCUACUUCGUCGGCAACGUCAGCCCCGCCCGGAUGGACUUCCGGUGGUUCGCGCUCGGCAACUGCGUCGCCAUCUUGGCCUCGCUGGCCACGCCCGAGCAGGCGACCGCCAUCAUGGACCUCAUCGAGGAGCGGUGGGAGGACCUGAUCGGCGAGAUGCCGCUGAAGAUAUGCUACCCAGCGAUCGAGGGCCACGAGUGGCAGACCGUGACGGGCUGCGACCCCAAGAACACCAGAUGGAGCUACCACAACGGGGGAUCUUGGCCAGUGCUGCUCUGGCUGCUCACUGCUGCCUGCAUCAAGACCGGACGGCUGAAGAUCGCGAGGCGCGCGAUCGAGCUGGCCGAGGCGAAGCUGGCGAGGGACGGCUGGCCGGAGUACUACGACGGCAAGCUCGGGCGGUACAUUGGCAAGCAGGCGAGGAAGUUCCAGACAUGGUCCACCGCGGGGUACCUGGUGGCCAAGAUGAUGCUGGAGGACCCCUCCCAUCUCGGCAUGAUCUCCCUCGAGGAGGACAAGGCGAUGAAGCCGGUGUUGAGGAGGUCAGCCUCUUGGACGGUGUAAGAUGGUGGUGAAAACUUGACACAGUGUUAGUCAGAAAAGACAAGAAAAAGAAUGUCUUUUGGGUUAGCAUUUGUUCUUUUCAACUCCCUACGUUCCCAAUUGGGGAUUCAUGCAUGUUUUAGUUGGCUCCCACGUAUGAGUCUCAGUUGUAAAUUAUGUACGUAAUCGUCUGAAAAUAAUGAAACAUCGAAAAGCCAUUUCAUCUUUCA